UCUCCAGCAGUGCAGUUUGUGAGAGAUGCUCAAAGUGUUAGGACAAGAAGGGAGGGGGUUGUGCAGCCACUGUCAUCUCCCAUGCAGACAGGAUCCGGAGAGAUCACAAUUGAGUUUUACACUCCUUUUGCCACAAUGAAAGCGCUUUACAAGGGAGUGCAAUAGACACAGGCACAACGUGCUUGCACAGCUCCCCAGCAACAAAUUUCCAGGGCGUGACGUCAUCCCCUCUCGGUCCAAAGGAGCCUGCAGAAGGAGAAGCCUCAAUAGAAACCCCACUCACACAGGGGAAGCAGAUGAGGAAAAAGCAGCCACCGCAGCAACUACUCCCAGGCAGCCACGGCAGACUCCCACCCCCCCUCUAACUUCAAUGUACAUUUCCUCGGAGGCUAUGGAUUUGGAAAAACUGAGAUGAGUUUGGAUUUUAAGCUUUUGAUGUGCAAGCCUGCAUAGGACCUGCCAGGGAGAACCUCAUGCUCCCCUGAUGUAUUUUAACGUAGGAACCAGAUCUGGGAUCUUUGGAGUAUAAAGAUGCUGAACAGCGUUUUAUUGCUGAGUUUUAUAUCUGUGACUGGGAUUUUAAGGACAGAAAGCCGAAAAACUGCCAAAGACAUAUGCAAAAUUCGCUGUUUGUGCGAAGAAAAAGAGAACGUUCUAAAUAUUAAUUGUGAAAAUAAGGGCUUUACAAGCGUCAGUUUGCUUCUUCCUCCCCAGUCAAGGAUCUACCAGCUUUUCCUUAAUGGUAAUUUACUGAGCAGGCUCUACCCAAAUGAGUUUGUCAAUUACUCCAAUGCAGUUACCCUCCAUUUAGGCAAUAACGAACUACAGGAGAUCAGAGCUGGGGCUUUCAACGGGCUGAAGACCCUGAAAAGGUUACAUCUCAAUAAUAAUAAAUUGGAAAUGUUAAAAGAGGAAACUUUCCAGGGUCUUGAGAGUCUAGAAUAUUUGCAAGCAGAUUAUAAUUUUAUCAGUGUUAUUGAAGCAGGGGCUUUCAGCAAGAUGAAUAAAUUAAAAGUCUUGAUCCUCAAUGACAAUCUACUGCUGUCUCUCCCAAACAACGUUUUUCGUUUUGUGCUUUUAACUCACUUGGAUCUGAGAGGUAAUAGGCUUAAAAUGUUGCCCUUUGCUGGUGUCCUUGAACACAUAGGAGGUAUCAUGGAAAUCCAGCUGGAGGAGAACCCUUGGAAUUGUACGUGUGAUCUGUCUCCACUCAAAGCAUGGUUAGAUACAAUCACUGUCUUUGUUGGGGAGAUUGUCUGUGAGACCCCAUUCAGGUUGCAUGGAAAAGAUGUCACACAGCUGACCAGGCAAGACCUAUGUCCUAGAAAAAGCUCAGGUGACACUAAUCAGAGGUCGGUGCACCCAGACCCUCGUAUACACAGGAUGCCUCCUACAUUUAACCCAGCACUAACUCCUACAAGGGCCCCAAAAUCCAGCAGACCUCCUAAAACCAGGAACAGACCCACACCUAGAGUCACAGUGUCCAAAGAUCGGCAGAUAUUUGGGCCUAUUAUGGUAUAUCAGACCAAGUCCCCUGUUCCUUUAACCUGCCCUGAAAGUUGUGUGUGCACCUCCAUGAGCUCUGACAGUGGUUUAAAUGUUAAUUGCCAGGAGAGAAAAAUUAGUAACAUCUCUGAUCUUAAACCCAAACCUACCAGCCCAAGGAAACUAUAUCUGACAGGUAACUACUUACAAAUUGUUUAUAAAACUGAUCUCCUUGAAUUUGCAUCUCUGGAUCUACUACAUUUAGGAAAUAACCGGAUUGCCAUAAUACAGGAAGGUGCCUUUUCAAACCUGACAAGUUUGCGUAGACUAUACCUGAAUGGGAAUUACAUUGAGAUGUUGUAUCCUUCAAUGUUUGAUGGCCUAUACAGUUUGCAAUACCUAUAUUUAGAGUACAAUGUCAUCAAGGACAUAGUGCCACACACAUUUGACGCUUUAAGUAACCUUCAACUCUUGUUUCUUAACAAUAAUCUGCUGAGAUCUUUACCAGAUGGAGUAUUUGGUGGCACUGCCCUCACUAGACUGAAUCUGAGAAACAACCAUUUCUCUUUUCUGCCCCUGAAGGGAGUUCUAGAACAGCUUACUGCUUUUAUCCAGAUAGACCUCCAGGAAAAUCCUUGGGAUUGCACGUGUGAUAUUUUAGGCCUGAAGAAGUGGAUAGAACAGUCAAGUUCUACUGUGGUUGUUCAGGAAGUAACUUGUGAAUCACCACUUAAACAUGCUGGGGAGCAUUUGAGGUUUCUGCCUAAGGAUGAAAUUUGUCCAGAAAACCCGAACUUGGCUGAUGCCACUGUAUUGUCAUUCAACCAGAAAACCAGCACUCCGCAUUCUUCCAGCAUACCUCCAAGCCCCUAUCCAGAACUGCAUACUGAAGUUCCACUAUCUGUGCUAAUUUUGGGAUUGCUGGUAGUUUUCAUCUUGUCUGUUUGCUUUGGGGCAGGACUAUUUGUCUUUGUCCUGAAAAGACGAAAAGGGGUACAGAGUGUCCCAAGUAGCAGUGUAAACAAUUUAGAUCUAAAUUCCUUUCAGCUACAAUAUGGGUCCUACAAUCCAAACUCUAACGACAAAACAGAAGCUCACGUCUACAACUACAUCCCUCCACCUGUUGGCCAAAUGUGCCAAAACCCUAUCUACAUGCAGAAAGAUGGAGAUCAUGUUGCCUACUACAGAAACCUUCAAGAAUUUAGUUACAGUAAACUGGACCACAACAAAGAUGAUCCAAGUGCCAUUGCAUAUACAAUAAGCACAACUGAACUUUUGGAAAAGUCACCAGCACCAGGAGAGCCUGAACUUCUAUACCAGAACAUCACAGAAAGGGUAAAAGAAUUACCCAGUGCUGGGAUAGUCCAUUAUAAUUUUUGUACAUUGCCCAAAAGGCAGCUCAUUCCUGCAUAUGAAUCAAGGCGUCAGAAUCAGGACCGGUUAAACAAAACGGUUUUAUAUGGCACUCCCAGAAAAUACUUUGCAGAACAAUCAAAACACGAGCAUUUAUUGCUUCAAGGAAAACUGCAAUCAGAACCAGAUUACCUUGAGGUUUUGGAAAAACAAACUGCAAUAAGUCAGCUGUAGGCAAGACUUCACAAAAUAUUGCUCCAAGCCUUCUGUUCAUUUGAAGUGUCUGAAACAAUUGAGUAUAAUCUUUUUGGCUAAGGAUUUUUGAUUCUUUCUUCCCUUUAAGACAUACGGGUGCAAGAUUACACUGCAGUAACACUGGAAGACAAAAUUGCAUUGAAAGACAAAAUGUCUUUUUUAACUUACAUUUUUUUUUCUUUAAAUUAUUUCUACUUUUUUUUCUAGAAUGAAUAUCCUUACAUGAAUGUUUUAGUGAGUUGCUUAUGAAUUGUCUUUUUUUUUUUUACAACAAUGGGUGAAUACUUUAUCUAAUAUUAAGUAAGUAGAAGAUCUCCAAAGAUCUCAGUGAAAUGAGCAGUUUUAUGUAAAUACAAUUGAACUGUUUAAAAUCAAUUACCAAUUGUAGCCACUAUGUGUCACUUUUUUCAGUUAAAGUGCCUUUGCACUUUAAGUAACCUAAUUGUUGCUUCUAGCAUUUAUACAUUGAACAUAUUUUAAUGUACAUUAUUUCAGAUACAAAACUUGGAAAUUGGAGGAUAUGGGUUUGUUCUUUCACUUGCUUGGCUUCCACAAUAUAAUCUUAAAAAAUCUCGAUUGUAAAUCUGAUUCCUUCAAGAUGAUGUAUAUAAAUUUCAGUUAUAGAAAAUAGAAAUUAAUUGCCUACUUCCUCUGUUGGAAGACACACAGAUACAUAUAUAUAUAUCAUUUCUUCUUUAAAUUUUAUUUCAGCUCUAAUGGUCAUAAUCCUAAUUGUUUUAAAACUAUUUUCCUAAUUAAAAAGAAAGUUACACAACUGAA